UUCGCGCUCGUCACACGUCGUUCAAACUCUGGGGAGCAAUUUUACUUCUCUCCUCGACGAUGUCAACGCACCACGGAUAGCAAUGACAUCGAGAAAACAUGGAUGGAAAUGAAAGCGUCAACGAUCAGACCAAUUAUUGACCGGUUAUAUUAUGUUUCAAAAAGAUCGUGCUUCAAAAAAAUCACGUUUAUCCGUAAAAAGAUUGAAGGAACUUAAAUGGUGAAUCUUUCGUGAACGAUGUUCGAUAAAGUUAUCUUGGAAGCAGAAUAAUUGAUUCAAUUGAAGUUGGAGGAUUUAUAUUGAUAGUGAUCGAUGAUAUCGCGAGUAAUCGAACGUUCUUUGAAAGUUCUUUCAAUGUAAUUUAAAUUGGACUGAGAGUGGAAUUUCAUCGAUUUCUUAAAGUAAGAAAAGAGUGAUAUUUUGUUGGCUGACCGUCCUUGAUCGAAGAUACCAGUGACAUUUAAUGGAACUUGCGAUAGUCUUGAAGGUAAAGGAUGUCGAUCGUGGCGCGAAUACUUUUCACGAGAUUCGAUACAACUUUGAUGGAAAACACGUUACUGGAUCGUGUUUGAGGGAAGUGGAACCAUGAAUACAGUCUGCUUCGUUGAACUGUAAUAAAAUAUGCUCGGAUGACAAAUAGAGUUUCUUCCUGGCGAGAUAGAACGAUACGAAGCGAGUGACCCGAGAGAAAUCGUCGUGUCUGAAAGGAAUCCCAGCUUGAUGAGAAACGAUUUAGAUUAAUCCGUUCAGAAAUUACUAUCCAGCAGCCAGGUUUCAGCGGGGGGAAAAGAAGGGCAACGGAUCCGAUUAAAUACUCGCGAUGGGACGGAAGCACAAGCGUCGCCUGAUACCGGAACAGGAUCGCAGGAUAUGCGGCAGUAUCUGCUUCUGUCAAUUCACCAUUGUCAUCAGCUGUGUCGCGUUGGUUUAUCUGAGCGUGGCAAUCUACAUGCCGUCCCACAGAGCCUUUCACGCGGGGAUCGAUCCUGAUCCAGUCAUGUGCCAAACCAUUGAUACUACCUUAGCCAAUACUUGUAGCUGGGCGAGCUGUGGCGAGUGGUGUUUGACGAGAACCACAGGAUUUUGCCCGCAGAUUCAUUCGACGGUGAGAAGAAACGGCACCAACAUUGUUUUUGAAAAUUGCACGAAAUUCAACAACAUAGCCUGCCCUCAGGUAAACAUGGCUAACGCGAAACGGUACAAUUGCAACAACGGGAGCGAGUGCAGCGUACUUUCGGGGGUGUUCAACUGCAGCCUUGGCCACUGUUCAAACAUAAGCGAGCUGAUGUUAUGUCACUACAAAGCCGACGGCGUCGUGGUGGACAGCGAGAAGGACAACAUGAAACUGAAUGGCUUCUUCAGCUGUCAGAAUUCCAGAUGCACGAAAAUCAAGAACCCUUUCAGCUGCGAUCGUUAUUGCCCGAAUAUCACCACGUUCGAGACGAAUGUGUUCCUAAUGCAGGACGAUAACGUGAUCACCGCGAAAUGUGAACUAGGUCUAGCUCUCAAUUUAGCCAAUGGAAAUUUGCCUGGAACUAAACUAACCACGCCUGUGAAAAUCUGGGACGAUCAAAAUGGAAGUCUCAUCGCUAGCUGUAUGGCCGUCAGCAAGGAGAGGGGCGUCAUAAGGACUGAGGAUUGUGUGAACGGCACCUUGUUAAAGGAGAUCCCGGUGCCUCAACCGUACAUCAACUUUACGAGCUUUCUGAAUAUAUACGAGAAAAGCUUGCAAUACCCUUUGGAUCCUACAAACGCCUACGUGCCAGAGCAACGAUCCCUCAUAAUUUAUAAUAAUUCCCGGUUAUACAUCAAUCUGGAAGGAUGCGUCAACACAUUGAAGGGGGAAUGUAAAGAUUUUCUAGUCAGUCAUGGUCGUGACGGCGAUAAUCAGACGGCACAGAGCAGAUAUCCGUGUUAUUACAACAAGAACAACUCGUUCUUCGUCGUGGCACGUUUCGACCUGAAUAAGACGCGUACGGAAUUGCUGAUCGCCAUAAUCGUGCCCUCUGGACUGUUCGUCAUCAGUCUGAUCACGCUCGUCAUCAUCACGCGAUCGGUGCAGGUGGGUGACGACGCGAAAAUGCGUUGCCGCUACUGCGUCGACAAACAAGAGGUCGAGGGUGAGGAUAAAGGACUCGUCGAGGCAACUCCGUCCUCAUCUCAGGGUCACAUGAACGAGAAUGAGAUCAAAAGUAUGGCGCUUUAGCAGUUUAAACCACCCGGGACUAACAGUGUGCUCCGAUACGAGAGGGUGCCGUUAAUCGACACCGACGAAGCUGAGGACUCCUUUUAACGACGCUUCUCGAUUAAAAUUAUAGCGAAUUUGAUCGAAGCUUACGGUAUAGUACCGGGUAUAGUACCUAUAUUCCUUAGGAAAUAUGGUGAGAAAAGGGUAGAAACGUUUAUUCCGGAAAAUUUUAUUACCUAUCGAGUAUACCUCGUGCAAAUUUGUCAUAAUGCAUGGUAAUUCCCGAGUAUUAUUGCCAUUUUCCCUAGGGAAGCCUACGUGUUUCGUUUAUAAAGAAGCUUCAAGUGGUAUAAAAAGAACAGAAUACACAAAUCAGUGUUGAGUGGUGUAUAAUAAUUAACACAGAAACAAUUGAAGAAGGUGUAUAUAUGAAAUUUCGUGUAAAUGACGGACUAUAACGAAGGGACAAGGACUUCGAAAAUAAAUUUCAUGAAUAUAGAAUAAUUUGUAAAAACGCUUGAGCUGCAUCGCACUGUAAUUGAGGAUUAACUGAACGCUUUCUGCAAAUCGUCGACUAAUUGUUUAUAUUUUGUUGCGACGAAACUAACGAAGGAUCAUCAUGUAACGUGACGAGGAUAGAAAUAGGGCAUCGACAGGAUGGGAGAUUAAAAAAACGAAGACUGAUACUUUUUUCCUUUGGUGAAUACAAUCAUUUUUAUCUAGCAGAAUUUUAUCGAACGUUUUACCCGGCGCUGUUAAGUUCAAUUUGAAAUGAAAUUGCCGAAUGCGAUUGCAAUUCGUAAUAUGCGUUCUCGUCGUGCACUAACCGCAACAGCGCACAAUAAAUGUGUUCGAAUUGAAUAUUUUAUUGUCUGAAUUGUUGUCCGAUCCCUGUAGAAGAUUGCAGUGAAACCGGAAAGGGACUAGCACAAAUGCUUUCAGUGAAUAAAUGUAAAUUUCCAGAUAUUAAAUUGAAAGUUUAGAUGGAUCUUUGGUCGUCUUCCCAAUGAAGAGAAGAAAAUAAGAGAAUAUUUAGAAGUCACCCAGAUAAGGGGCCAAAGUAAAUAAAUUAAUUACACGAUUGUCUAGUUAAAUGUUUAUACGUAUACAUUUUACAUUGUCACCGAUGCCUUGAGCAAUUUGCGACUACUUCUUAAUUUGAUUUCCUAACUUUACCAUUCUUUUUGCCUUUAGACAAAUAUAUAAGAUAAUGAGGAAAGUGAUUAACAAUUCUGCCCUCGUUAGUUCAAUUGGCUUAACCAACGUUUCAGAAUGUCCAAAAAAAUAACGAAAAUGAAUUAAAUAAUUUAAACUAGAAAAGUAAAAAACAUAUCCAAUCUCAAAUAUUUCUAAAUAUCUUGAAAAUUGGAGAAAUAGUAAUUAAGAUACUUUAAUUAAGAAGGGCAGAAUUAAUGAGAAUGAUACUAAACCUAUCAAUGACUGUUCGAAUUGACUUCAAAGCACUGGUUUAAAAAUUCACAAUAAGUAUACGUGGUUUACCAACCAUUAACCCCACGUCUGAUCGAUUUCCCAAGCCUAUAAAUAAAGAAAGUAGAAUGGUAACAAUGGCACCGUCACGCGUAACAAUAAAUUCUGUUAUCGAUUACUUGUACAAAGUUCGUGUAUUUCUGUACCCGCGAUUGAAUCAACACACGAACAAUGAUACCAUGAUGCUUUCGAUGUACAAAGUAGAUUAGACAAGUCGUUGUACUGUAAAAAAUUUUUCCUUCAGUUUAACGUUUCGAGCGUACAAGAAACCGAUUUAUAAUCGGUUGAUCACGAGUUUCGACCAUCAACGAAGGUGCACUUGUCAUUUAUCACAUUUGUGGUGUUGCAAAGCGAAAUAUAGAGAUUAAUCAUGUGUACAUUAUGAACGCUACAACUGCCUUUCUAUGUAAAAUCAUCCAUAACAUCAUUCAGAAUUGCGUUAAGAAAAGUUUACCCAAAAUCUAUGUCUACUAACUAGCGAUAUCAUUAUUUCGCCAGCAACACAUUUUCUGUCGAUAAAACAAAUGUAAAUAUAAUAUGUAGAUUAUGAAUUAGAAUGGUAAUUGCGUGAAUAAAUGUGCCGUUUUGCGUUUGCUACUAUAAAAGAUCUAGUAAUAUAUGUAACGUAAUGGAAAUUAAUUUUUUACGAUAACUAGCAACAUUUCGGACCAUGCCCUUUUAAUUGAAUACAAUACUAUAAUAAUGAUCUCGUACUAAAGACUUCUGAAAUAUUCAUAAAUAUUCUGAAUUUUUAAUUAUUUUUUAAAUAUGUAUAUGAAAGGUCUUUCGUCUUAAAAUUUGAAUGCCUAAUUAUAGUUGAAGUACCAUUGUAUAUGUCUUGAAAGUCUGGGUCAGAAUCACCCCAACGUCUAUUCAAACAGAAUUUAUUCGAUGUAUUAUUCGAUAUUUAGAUUAUAUAAAAUGAAAGCAGGUCGCUAAAAUCGAAUACAGUAUCGUAGAAUGAUGUAAAAUAGUUUUGUAAUCAGUGUGAAUUUUGCAACAGAAUAAAAUCUAUGAUGUAUUAUAUAUAUUUUACGGUCACCUGUUUUUUUGGUGUACUAUAGUAAUGGCUGAUAAAUGAUUAAAUAUGGACUCAAAGUUAAUGUAUUAUAGACAAAAAAAAAAUGUUUUUUCAAUAUCAUGUAAAAUACACGGUAAUCAACAAAUUCAUACAUUUUCAGAUUCAUCAUGCUCUAUGUGCCUUCUUCCGUUUACGCUAAAGUCGAUAAACUAUAAUCACUAGUGUCUUCGAACAGCCUAACUCUUUCGCUAUAAAAGUCAAAGACACUUUUAUAAUUAAAAUAAAUUUUGACAGUGACGGAUUUUUCUAAAGUCGGAAAGGUGGACACCUAGCAUUCUAUAUCAGAGAACUUUUAAUUUUUUAUAAAUUUCAUUUCAAAACUUCGAUUGCAAUAUCUAUAAAAAAAAUUAAUAGGUAAUGUAAAAUAUUGAGUUAAAAAUAAUUUUAGUAUUUCUCGAAGAUAAAAUCCGCCACUGGAUUUCUAAUUAGUAAUAGAAUAAAACGAGUCAAGUUAGAAAAAGCACCAAUAAAACAAAGAGGUCUAAUUUUUCAAAGUAUUCAUAAACAGCGAAAGAGUUAAGUAAAGUAUGAAAUGUAAAAAAAAAAAAA